UUGAGUUUUAUUUCGAUCUUUAGCGGGUGCGGUACUAAAUCAAGUGGUGGUUAAGAAAAGAUGACGGCGGAAACAAAUACGGGUCCGAUGAUUGGCCAGCGCCAUUUGCAGGCCUUUCUGCUCUUUUCCUCGAUUGUGGUCAACUACAUGGCCAAGUUUAAUGCUGGAGUUGCAGUCGUGGCGAUGACAAAUGCCGAGAGUGCGAAUCCGGAUUAUCCAGAGUACGAUUGGAACGAAAUGGAACGGUCUUACAUCCUGUCUAGCUUCUUUUGGGGUUAUAUAUUGACGCAGUUUUUGGGAGGAUGGCUGUGCAGACGAUAUGGAGCUCGGAUCACCAUGUUUAUUUCAACCAUUGGAUCAGCAUUGUUGGCCCUGCUUCCACCCUGGUGUGUUUCCUGGGGAGGAUGGCAGGCAUACUGUGCCAUUCGGAUGGCGAUGGGACUCUUCCAGGGAUUCCUCUUUCCCUGCAUCCACGCCCACUUGGCCAACUGGUGUCCGGUGAAUGAGAGAAAUAGAUUGGGAGCCCUGGCCAACACGGGAAUCGACUGUGGAACUCUAGUGGCAAUGUUCGCCAGUGGAUUGCUGGCAGCUUCAAGUGCUGGUUGGCCAGGAAUCUUCUAUGUGUCCUGUGCAGUGGGUGUCUUCUGGUGUAUCCUCUGGUUGAUUUUCGGAGCAAACACCCCCAGGGAAUCCAAGUUCAUUAGCGAAGCGGAACUGAACUACAUUAAGAAUUCCAUUAACUCCUCCCACAAGGCGGAGAAAUCUGAAGAAAAGGAAAUGGACAGAAUACCGGUACCCUGGAAGGCCAUUUGGACAUCGGUGCCUUUCUGGGCAUUGAUGUUCACCAGGUGCUGCCAGGCGUGGGGAUACAGCACCCUCCAAACCGAGAUGCCCGCCUACAUGAAUGGAGUUCUGCUGAUGGACAUGAAGAAAAAUGCCCUCUACUCCGCUCUUCCAUAUCUCACGUCCUGGAUAAUGGCCUUUGUUUACCUGAUCAUAGCGGAUAUCCUGCUGACCAAGAACAUUAUGUCCAUCACUGGCAUUCGCAAAGGCGUGAAUUCGAUAGCCUUUUUCAUUCCGGCCUUGGCUCUGAUUGGAGUCAGCUUCUUGGAUAGCCAACAAAAAACCCUGGCUGUUGUACUUAUGUGUGCCAAUGUGGGAAUCAAUGCUGGUUCUACAAUCGGAAGCACCAUCAACACAAUUGAUUUGUCUCCGAAUCAUGCUGGCAUUCUCAUGGGAAUUAUAAACACGGCUGCUAAUGUUGUUCCUAUUUUAACGCCUCUUCUUGUGGGAAUUAUCGUCAAGGAUGAUCACAAUCGCGAGCAGUGGCAAAUUGUGUUUAUCAUUUCCGCUGUCAUUUUCAUUGCUGGCAACAUAAUCUAUUUAGCCUUCGGUCAAAUGGUUAACCAACCUUGGGAUGCACCCGAUUUUCUAAAUAAGCAACAAUCCUCCAAUCUUCAAGAGGAGGGAAAUGCCAAGGCUCUAGAAGCAAAGCUAAGUGAAAAGUUUGAGGGAUCCAAUACAAAAGAAAAGGAAGCUGUUUUGGAGAACCUUGGAUCCCAAAAUGAUGACGUUAACAAAGAAAACCUAAGCUAAAACGAAAUUUUAAAUCCCGUGAAAAUCCAAAGUCCAUCACUCGAAAACCCCUAAAAAUGUUACUCGCGGCUGGUCCGUAAUAUAAUAUAAGAAGUUUUCUUUAGUUAAGUUUAAAUAAGUGAAAUGUAUUCCCAAUGACUAAUCUAAGAUGUAAAUAAUAAAACCUUUAUUUUAAUAACUGUA